AUCCCUAAUGGACAAACAGUUGACCUGAUUAUCUUUUUCCAAAACAUUCAGGCCACUCAGCGUUCUGGAAGGCCUAUUAAGUCAAUCUGCAGCAGGCUGAAAGCAAAAGAAGGCCGGGUCAGAGGGAACUUAAUGGGGAAGCGUGUUGAUUUCUCAGCUCGGACCGUCAUCACGCCAGACCCAAACAUCAACAUUGAUGAAUUGGGGGUGCCAUGGAGUAUUGCUUUGAAUAUGACGUACCCAGAAACUGUUACUCCAUAUAACAUCGAGAGAUUGAAAGAACUAGUAGAAAAUGGGCCUCACCCUCCCCCAGGAAAGACAGGUGCCAAGUACAUUAUCAGGGAAGAUGGCCAGAGGCUGGAUCUUCGCUAUGUGAAGAAAAGUAGUGAUCAGCAUCUGGAGCUGGGUUACAAGGUGGAAAGGCACCUCAUUGAUGGAGAUUUUGUUCUUUUCAACCGGCAACCCAGUCUCCACAAAAUGUCUAUCAUGGGGCAUCGCAUUAAAAUCAUGCCCUACUCAACUUUCCGCCUCAACUUGUCUGUCACGUCGCCAUACAAUGCAGAUUUUGAUGGGGAUGAAAUGAAUAUGCAUGUUCCUCAGUCAUUUGAGACCAGAGCUGAGGUUUUAGAGUUGAUGAUGGUGCCAAAGUGUAUUGUGUCACCUCAAGCGAAUAGACCUGUUAUGGGCAUUGUCCAGGACACACUACUUGGCUGUCGAAAAAUUACCAAAAGGGACACUCUCAUCGAAAAGGAUGUAUUUAUGAACAUCUUAAUGUGGUGGGAGGAUUUUGCUGGGAAGGUCCCUGCCCCUGCCAUUUUGAAACCAAGGCCGAUUUGGACUGGCAAACAGGUCUUCAACUUGAUUAUCCCCAAGCAAAUCAAUUUAAUUAGAUUUUCAGCCUGGCAUGAUGAAAAAGAAAGCGGAUAUAUUACUCCUGGUGAUACUAUCGUCCGGAUAGAGAAGGGAGAGCUUCUGUCUGGUAUACUUUGCAAAAAAACACUUGGAACAUCAACGGGAAGUCUUAUUCAUGUUAUUUGGGAAGAGGUAGGGCCAGAUGCAGCGCGCAAGUUCUUGGGUCAUACACAAUGGCUGGUUAACUACUGGCUUCUGCAACAUGGUUUCAGUAUCGGAAUCGGGGAUACGAUUGCAGAUGCAGCUACUAUGGAGAAGAUUACUGAGACAAUAAAAGAUGCUACAAAUGAAGUGAAUGAGCUUAUCCAGCAAGCGCGUGACAAGAAGUUGGAACCUGAGCCAGGACGCACAAUGAUUGAAUCAUUUGAAAAUAAAGUGAAUCAGGUUCUUAACAAGGCUCGUGAUGUUUCUGGGAGUAGUGCUCAGCAGAGUUUGUCUGAGAGCAACAAUUUGAAAGCUAUGGUCACUGCAGGCUCAAAAGGUAGUUUCAUUAAUAUUUCGCAGAUGACAGCUUGCGUCGGACAGCAGAAUGUUGAGGGCAAGAGGAUCCCAUUUGGUUUUGCUGGUCGUACAUUGCCCCACUUCACGCAAAACGACGACAGCCCCGAAAGCCGUGGGUUCGUGGAGAACUCUUACCUUCGAGGCCUGACACCAACUGAAUUCUUCUUCCAUGCUAUGGGUGGUAGAGAGGGUUUGAUUGAUACUGCUGUGAAAACUUCCGAGACUGGAUAUAUUCAGCGGAGGCUCGUGAAGGCUAUGGAGGACAUCAUGGUAAAAUAUGAUGGUACCGUGAGAAACUCGCUGGGUGAUGUCAUUCAGUUCUUGUAUGGGGAAGAUGGCAUGGACGCUGUUUGGAUUGAACCACAGAAAUUGGACUCCCUGGGGAUGAAAAAGGCAGAGUUUAACAAUGUAUUUCGUUAUGAAAUGGAUGAUGAGAACUGGAGGCCCACUUACAUGUUGCCUGAAGAUGCUGAUGUUUUGAAGACCACUCCUGAAAUCAGAACUGUGUUUGAGGUAGAGUUUCAGAAAUUAGAAGCUGACAGAUUACAGCUUGGGACUGAAAUUGCCACAACUGGCGACAUUACAUGGCCUAUGCCUGUCAACCUCAAGCGGCUUAUCUGGAAUGCUCAAAAGACUUUCAAGAUUGAUUUGAGAAGACCUUCUGACAUGCACCCAAUGGAAAUUGUGGAAGCAAUGGAUAAGCUGCAAGAAAGACUCAAGGUUGUCCCAGGAGACGAUGCCAUGAGCAUCGAGGCUCAGAAGAACGCUACUCUGCUCUUCAAUAUCCUGCUACGUAGCACAUUUGCUAGCAAGAGGGUCUUGAAAGAAUACAGGCUCACAAGGGAAUCUUUUGAAUGGGUCAUCGGUGAGAUCGAAUCGAGAUUCCUCCAGUCUUUGGUAGCUCCUGGUGAAAUGAUUGGAUGCGUGGCUGCACAGUCCAUUGGGGAACCAGCAACUCAGAUGACGCUGAAUACUUUCCAUUAUGCUGGUGUUAGCGCUAAGAAUGUCACCCUUGGCGUCCCCAGGUUACGGGAGAUCAUUAACGUCGCCAAGAAGAUAAAGACCCCAUCACUGUCUGUUUUCCUAAAGCCUGAGGUGAGCAAGAAGAAAGAAUUGGCCAAGAAUGUCCAGUGUGCCUUGGAGUACACUACGCUACGUAGAGCGACCCAUGCCACCGAGAUAUGGUAUGAUCCUGAUCCUCUAGGAACCACCAUUGAAGAGGAUGUGGAAUUUGUCAAGUCAUAUUAUGAAAUGCCUGAUGAGGAGAUUGACCCGGAUAAGCUGUCUCCUUGGCUGCUGCGUAUCGAACUGAACCGUGAGAUGAUGGUCGAUAAGAGAUUGAGCAUGGCUGAAAUUGCAGAGAAGAUCAAGCAUGAAUUUGAUGAUGACUUGUCAUGCAUAUUCAACGAUGAUAACGCGGAUAAGCUCAUCCUUCGUAUCCGUAUUAAAAAUGAUGACGAAGCUCCAAAACAGGAUGAGGAUGAUGAUGUCUUCCUCAAGAAGAUUGAGAGUAACAUGUUGACUGAGAUGGCCCUUGGAGGCAUUCCAGAUAUUAGCAAGGUCUUCAUAAAAGAGAGGAAGGUGAAUAAAUUCGAUGAAAAUGACGGUUUCACUAAAAAAGCAGAUAAUGAAGAGAAAAACGGGGAGUGGAUGCUUGAUACAGAAGGUGUAAACCUCUUGGCUGUGUUGUGCCACAAGGACGUUGACGCUACGAGGACAACGAGUAACCAUCUGAUCGAAGUGAUUGAAGUUCUUGGGAUCGAGGCUGUCCGCAGGUCUCUCUUGGAUGAGCUGAGGGUGGUGAUAUCUUUUGAUGGGUCUUAUGUGAACUACAGGCAUCUGGCCAUUCUCUGUGAUACCAUGACAUACAGAGGUCACCUGAUGGCUAUUACUAGGCACGGCAUAAACCGUAAUGACACGGGGCCUCUCAUGAGAUGCUCCUUUGAAGAAACGGUUGAUAUCUUGCUUGAUGCUGCCAUGUAUGCGGAAUCCGAUCACCUGCGAGGCGUCACUGAAAACAUUAUGCUUGGCCAGCUUGCUCCUAUUGGCACAGGAGGCUGCGGGUUGUACCUGAAUGACAAGAUGCUGCAGGAGGCCAUUGAGCUUCAACUCCCAAGUUUUGUUGAAAGCCUGGACUAUGGCAUGACACCAGCACCUUCACCCAUCUCUGGAAUGAUGUCACCGCCGCUGAGUCCAAAUUUCCAGGCUUCCCCUGUUACAGAUCAUGCUCUUCAGUUCUCGCCAUAUGUUGGGGGUAUGCCAUUCUCACCGGCCGCAUCACACUACAGCACAUCCUCUGGGGGUGCUUACCGUCCAUCUUCUCAGGUGUUCAGCCCAGGGCCAGGAGGACAUGGCUACAGUCCCGUCUCUCCAGUAUACUCACCAAUAUCUCCUAUCUACAGCCCCACAACUCUGAGCUACACCCCCACAUCGCCCAUCCAUAGUCCAGCAUCGCCAGUUUAUAGUCCAGCAUCGCCAGUUUUUAGUCUGACAACUCUUCAAUACAGCCCGACGUCGCCAGUUUAUAACCCGACGUCGCCUAUUUAUAGCCGGACAUCUCUAUCAUACAGCCCGACGUCGCCAUCUUAUAGCCCAACAUCUCAUGCAUACAGCCCGACAUCGCCAUCUUAUAGCCCAACAUCUCAUGCAUACAGCCCGACAUCGCCAUCUUAUAGCCCAACAUCACCAGUUUAUAGCCCGGCAUCUUUUUCAUACAGCCCGACGUCGCCAUAUUAUAACCCAACAUCGCCAUCAUACAGCCCCACUUCACAUUCAUACAGCCCUACUUCGCCUGGUUACAGCCCGACAUCGCCCUCGUACAGCCCUACUUCACCGAACUACAGCCCUACAUCCCCUGCAUACAGUCCUACGUCACCGAGCUACAGCCCGACUUCGCCUUCAUACAGCCCUACGUCGCCCUCUUACAGUCCUUCACGUGCUUAUUCUCCAAGCAGCCCAAUGAAGAUGAGUCCGUAUAGUCAGCUUCCUCCAAACAACAGGUAUUAUGUUCAUAGCUUUGGCAUCUGACCAUACAUGCAUGUCUGUGCUUAUUUUGCUUACAUCUCUGUUUCCCCAGCCUUGCCUCACCAACUUACUCGCCCACCUCACCAUCAUAUGAUGCACAACCAAGCCCAUCAUACAGCCCGACAAGGUGAGCCCAUUCCAAUUGAUCAUCAUCCUUGUUUUUUAACUUAAAAGUACGCUGUUAUUGUGACAAUCAAGACACAUGGGUUUCCUAACGCAUUGUCUGAGUGUUGCAGCCCGCACACUGCCUCUGGAGGACCUAGCCCAGAUUACAGCCCAACUUCCCCCAACUACAGGUAAUGGUCAUCAAGUUAAUCUCAUCUGCCCAUGACUGAUGAAACUUCACCAUUUGCACUUCUGACAAUUGUAACUUUCAUCGUGCAGCCCCAGCGCAAGCUACUCCCCGUGAUCCACCGAGCCACAAACUAGUGAUAAGGACGACGGCGAGACUGCUCCUUGAAGCCACUGGCUCGUGAAAAUGGCUGCUGACUGAUGCAGAACCGCACACUGACACACUAACAUAUUCUUGUUUCCUUGUAUGUCUCUCAAACAAGCCUUAUUUUUUCCACUGCGCUGCUAAAUGCAGCAUUCCACUAGUGUUUAUGUAUGAUCCAUGUUACUAUGAGUGGCUUGGUGGCCACUGCUGGGCUGUUCAGAAUAGUCAAAUCUGUAAUGAUGUGUUCUCCACAGAAAUAUAAUGCUAAUGUUCCCACUGGAGCUUAGCCUUCUUAUAUGUCAAAGUUAAUGCAGCGACGAAGUAAGUAAAUGCUAAGACACUCUCCGGCGCUGCAUUAACUUAGUUGUUGAAUACAUCGAAGUCAAGUAAGAGAGAAUGAAAAGUUUACUCUUGCAAGAAAAAAAAUGGUACCUGACUUCCAGCGUUAGCAGAAACAACUUGCAGGAGCAAGUCAGCGUAUAUGGCUGUCAUCAACUGACAAAAAGGGCAACACCGGCAGCCGCUGCUUCUUGUCCAAUCUGUAGUUGGACCUUUGCUGCAGUACGUGGCCACCGCCGCAUACGCUGAGUUAACUCACUUUUUGAUGCCACAGAAAAUUACAUCCAUCGACUGUUACUAUCUGAAUU